CUCUUAUAAUCUCGGUAAUUUGACCAACAGUGAUCCUUAUUACAACGACAUGGAGUCUAUCAACGGUCAACAGUGUUACUAAAGAAAUAUUCAGAUUCAGUGCUAGACAAUGCUAUUGUUAAUUCUACUGGGUGUAUUAGUGACAUAUGUGUUGGUGACAUGGUUGAAUGUGCUUCGAGAGAAGAGAAAGAGUAAGCUGGAGGGGCCGGCCCUCAUGCCUGUUGUGGGCUAUGGACAUCGGCUUGUCAAUUUGGAUUCCGCAGGUCUAAUCAGAGUGUUCGCAGAAUUUGCGAAAGCUUACAAUGAUGCAGCCUUCUGCCAGAUCCUGGAUGAGAGAUACGUCAUCUUCUCACACCCUAAAUAUGUCGAGCACAUCAUAUCCAGUACGGAGACCAUCACAAAAGGCCAAUCGUAUAAAUUCCUUCAUCCCUGGUUGGGUCAGGGCCUGCUCACGGCAACUGGGCACCGAUGGAAGUCCCACCGCAAGUUCCUGACGCCAGCCUUCCACUUCAACAUCCUGGCCAGCUUCCUGCCUGUCUUCGUCAAGACGUCCAAGGUUCUGAUGGACAAGCUGCAGCAGCGAGCUGAUGGGACACCGUUUGAUUUGUUCCCGAUCAUAGCGUUAGCUGCCUUGGAUAAUGUCACAGAAUCUAUCAUGGGAGUCUCCUUCAACGCUCUAAAGGAUAGUGAGUCGAAAUAUGUCAAGGCUAUCGAAACGUUAAGCGAGAUAGUCUCCCUGCGCAUGCGUCACGUGCUGCUCGGGAACGACUUCCUCUUCAACUUGUCUCCAUACAAGAAGACUCAGAAUGAAGCCCUGGAGAUCUUACACGGACGCACGAGGAAAGUCAUUGAGACCAGGAGAAAGCAGCUAGAGAACGAGAAAGUGACGAUAGAGAAUAAUGAAGACAUUGGUUUGAAGAACAAACAUGCCUUUUUGGACCUGCUGCUGCUGGCGGAAGUAGAUGGCAAGCCAAUCAGCGACGAGAGCGUCCGGGAGGAGGUCGACACCUUCAUGUUCGAGGGUCACGACACUACAGCCUCUGGUAUCGUGUUUUCUUUGUACUGUCUCGCUAAAGAUGAACAAGUGCAGAAGAAAGUGUUAGAGGAGCAAAAGUCUAUCUUCGGUGAUGAUUUGACCAGAGAACCUACUUACACAGACCUGCAACAGAUGAAGUACUUAGAAUGCGUUAUCAAGGAGGCGCUACGACUGUACCCCUCUGUACCUUUCAUACAAAGGUUAAUCACACAAGACGUAGAUGUAAUGGGAUUCCACCUAAGCAAGGGCACUUCUGUGGUCCUGAACAUCUUCCACCUGCAGCGCAACCCUGCCGUCUUCGAGGAUCCCCUAGUCUUCAAACCUGAUAGGUUCUUGGAGACGACCAAGCCUGGAAACGCUUACAAUUGGAUACCCUUCAGUGCUGGUCCGAGGAACUGCAUAGGCCAAAAAUUCGCGAUGAUGGAAAUUAAAGUGACGUUAGCGGCAAUCGUGCGACGGUUCCGGCUAGCGUCCGGACCGGAUCCGGAUCUGUGCGGCGCUCUCAUACUUAAAGCUACGCAGGGCGUGAACAUCCGGAUUAAACAACGAGUCUAAAUACAACCGGUUGAUGGAUCCA